AUGGAACAAGCAGUAGCUGUCCACGGCGGAGAGUCGAACCCGUUGGACAGUACCGGCCUGUGCCUGCUGUCCCUCGACGGUGGCGGCGUGCGCGGGCUCUCGACCCUCUACAUCCUCAAAGGCUUGAUGGAUCGGCUGAACCAGAAACGACCGCAGGGAACCCAGGCGAAGAAGCCAUGCGAGGUCUUUGACCUGAUCGGGGGGACUAGUACCGGCGGGCUCAUUGCAAUCAUGCUGGGUCGACUGGAAAUGGAUGUCGAUGAGUGUAUCGCAGCAUACGUACGAUUGAUGAAAACGAUCUUUACAAGACCGUCAAAAUGGAACGUUGCUGCAAGUCUGUUUGGCAACAUUCAGCCACGAUUUGAUGCCAGCAAGCUUGAGGAAGCGAUCAGUCAAGUCAUCAGCAGCUGUGGGGCAAACCCAACCGAUCUUUUCAAUGAUCAGGUGGAGCGUGGCUGCCGAGUAUUUGUCUGCAGCAUCACGCAGGAAACUAAGGAGAUUGUACGCCUUCGCAGCUACCCGAAACCUGGCAAACCAGAUAUCCCCGCCACGAUCUGCCAGGCCGCCCGUGCCACCUCGGCUGCCACAACCUUCUUUGAACCGGUAUCGAUUGGGGCACGGCGAUUCGCGGAUGGCGCACUUGGGGCCAACAAUCCGGUGGAUGAAGUAGAGGGUGAAGCAUCUGAUAUCUGGUGUCCAGAGACUGGCGAUCUAAAGCCGCUGGUGAAAUGUUUCAUCUCAAUUGGAACUGGCAACCCAGGGAAGAAGGCCAUGGAGGAUAACCUGCUUAAAUUCUUGUCCAAAACUCUGCCAGAACUAACUACCCAGACUGAAUAUACCGAGAAGAAGUUCAUUGCCAAGUGGCGUCAGCACUAUGACAGCAAGCGGUACUUCCGGUUUAACGUGGACCAGGGACUGCAGGAGGUUGGACUGGCAGAGUAUCAGGAACAAGGUCUGAUUGAAGCAGCAACGGAGGGAUAUCUUGACCAUCAGACAGUGGAGUUCCGGGUGCGGGAUUGUAUUCAGAAUCUGGAGUCGAAGCAGAAUGGAGCACCGGUGACUCUGACUAAAGUUCUAAAUGAAUAUCAUGUGAAACUCCAAGAGCAACACUUUCUUCAACGGCGAUGGCAUAACCGUACUAGGUGGCAUGUACCAUUUGAUCGAAACCCCAGGUUCACCGGCCGCGAGAAACUACUUGAUGAAAUCCAGAAGAAGAUGCACCAGCGAACCUACACUACAAAAAUCGCAGUCGUCGGGCUCGGUGGUAUGGGUAAGACACAGCUAGUGCUUGAGCUAGCCCAUCGGGUUCGAGAAGAAUGUGCCGUGUUUUGGAUUCCAGUCAACACCUUGGCCAACCUUCAGACCAAAUAUCAGGAGGUAGCUCAGAGCCUUCGUCUGCCAGGCUGUGAGAAGAAUGGUGCUCAUAUCCUGGAAUCAGUGCAAAAGUACCUUAGUGAUGAGAGCACCGGACCAUGGCUGCUGAUCUUCGACAAUGCCGAUGAUUUAGGCCCAUGGACAUCACCUACCUCGGAAGCGGGAGUGAAACGACUGCUCGAUUAUAUGCCCCGAAGCAGGUACGGGACGAUUCUCUGGACCACGCGUGAUCGCAAGAUGGCCACGACAGUUGCUCGAGAGAAUGCAGUUACUGUAGCAGAAAUGGACCAGGCCGGGGCCUCGGAGAUGAUGCGGAACUAUCUAAGUAAUCCGGAUCUUACCGAGGCUGAUGAGGCUAUAUUACCAGGUUUGCUGUGGAAACUAACCUAUCUUCCACUAGCAAUUGUUCAAGCGACAGCCUAUAUUAAUAACACCGGUAUCCCACUCUCAGAGUAUGAAGGACUCUUAUCUGAGCAGGACGAGGAGGUAGUGGAGCUGUUGAGUGAAGAGUUUGAAGACGAUAGUAGAUAUGCAGACAUUGAGAAUGCAGUAGCGAGAACAUGGCUUAUAUCAUUUGAACAGAUCCGCAGUCGCAGUUCUCUCGCGUUUGAUUGUCUCAGUCUGAUAGCCUGUGUGGACCCGAAGGAUAUCCCCAGGUCGCUCCUACCGUUGUCUGAGAUAUCAUCGCGAAAGGAGCAGACCGACGCGAUUGGUAUUCUGGACGCAUUCUCAUUCAUCACCAGACACAAGAGCGGAUUAGCAUUUGAUAUGCAUCGUCUGGUUCAUCUUGCCACUCGAGGGUGGCUCAAAAGAAACGGAGAGCUGUCUGUUUGGCACGAAAAAGCAGUGAUACGGCUUAAUACGCUAUUAUCAGACGCUAGCCAAACCAAUCAGAUGGAAUGGCGGGUAUAUAUUGCCCAUGCACAGUAUGCUGUGAGUGGAGAGAGCAACAGUAGUAAUGAUGUGGUCGAUCUUGCGCGAAGGUGUGGGAACUGUUUGGAAUAUGCUGGGCGAUACCGUGAAGCAGAAAUAAUGUUUUGGAAGGUUCUUCAACAUCGAGAGAAGAUGCUGGGACCAGAGCAUCCAGACACACUCACCAGUGUCGAUAACCUUGGUUCAGUCCUUACCAGCCAGGGCAAAUAUGAUGAGGCGGAAGCCAUGCACCGACGAGCACUACAAAACCAAGAGAAGGUGCUCGGGCCCGAGCAUCCAGACACGCUCACCAGUGUUGAUAACCUUGGUUUAGUUCUUUCCAGCCAGGGCAAAUAUGAAGAGGCGGAAGCCAUGCACCGACGAGCACUACAAAACCGAGAGAAGGUGCUGGGGCCCGAGCAUCCAAACACACUCACUAGUGUUAACAACCUCGCUCAUGUCCUCUUUAGGGAAGGCAAGUAUGAAGAGGCGGAAGCCAUGCACCGACGAGCAUUACAAAAUCGAGAGAAGGUGCUGGGGCCCGAGCAUCCAGACACACUCACCAGUGUUGAUAACCUUGGUUUAGUCCUUUCCAGCCAGGGCAAGUAUGAAGAGGCGGAAGCCAUGCACCGACGAGCACUACAAAAUCGAGAGAAGGUGCUGGGGCCCCAGCAUCCUGACACACUCGCCAGUGUCAAUAACCUUGGUUUAGUCUUUUCCAGCCAGGGCAAAUAUGAAGAGGCGGAAACCAUGCACCGACGAGCACUACAAAACCGAGAGAAGGUGCUGGGGCCCGAGCAUCCAGACACACUCACCAGUGUCGAUAACCUUGGUUCAGUCCUUUCCAGCCAGGGCAAGUAUGAAGAGGCGGAAGCCAUGCACCGACAGAAAUUAAGAGAUUGA